AUGUCUGAGAGGUCACUGGUUCUUGUUACAGGUGGCACAGGCUUCCUGGCGGUGUGGGUGAUUGUCUCUCUCUUUCGGCAAGGAUAUCGUGUACGCACCACCGUGCGCUCCCUUAAACGCGCCGAGAAUAUCGCGAAGAAACUGAGCGAGGCAGGGAUCAACGAAGACCAGGUAUCAUCGCUCGAAGUUGUCCAAGCAGACCUUGUGCAGGAUGAUGGCUGGGCUGAUGCCAUGAAGGAUGUCAAAUAUGUCCAGCAUAUUGCAUCCCCCUUUCCCGAUGGACCACCUAAGGAUGAAGAUGAGCUCCUGAUUCCUGCACUUGAAGGCACUUUGCGCGUUCUUCGCUUUUCUCGCGACGCCGGCUCCGUGGUCCGUGUCGUGGUAACGAGUAGUGCUGCAGCAGUUAUUUAUGGCCGUUCGCCCAAAAUCCCGGAAUCGGACCCAUUUACCGAGGUGGAUUGGACCGAUGUCAACUCUAAGGAUACCACGCAUUAUCCGAAAUCGAAGACUUUGGCAGAGCGUGCAGCAUGGGAUUUCAUAGAGAAGGAAGGAGGCGAGCUUGAACUGGCAGUCGUCAACCCAGUUGUGGUCUUAGGUCCAACACUUGGUCCGGAUGUAGGCACGAGCUUGCACACUGUGAGUGAACUUCUGGAAGGCAAUGCGCCAGGCCUUCCUCGGUUGAGCAUGGGUAUUGUUGACGUUCGUGAUUGUGCAACUUUGCAUGUGCUGGUCAUGACCCAUCCAGAUGCGAAGGGAGAGCGAUUUCUGUGUAUUGGCGAGGGUUCUGUCAUGAUGGAAGACAUUGCGAAGAUCCUGAAGAAAAACUUGGGCCCGAAGGCACGAAAGGUGCCAUCGAUAGUUCUCCCAGACUUCCUUAUGCGGGCAGUCGCAAUCUUCCUUCCAAUUGCUCGUCUUAUCCUACCGGAUCUGGGCCACCAGCACACAAUUAGCAACGCCAAAGCUACAGAAACCUUGGGCUGGAAGUGGCAAUACACCAGCGAACAGGCAAUAAUGGCAUCGGCGGAGAGUCUUUUUAGGUUCGAUGUUGUCAAGGCUGGAUGA